AACUGAUGAGAAAAUCAGUUUUCAAUCAGAAUUGGCUGAAGUCAGUUUCGCCUUAAAAUCUGACAGAAGUUGAGUUUGGCUUUGGAACUUCGAUAAAAAUCAAACUGGGUUGAAAGAAGUUGUAUUUAUUUGCCAAGCUGGUGAGAUGAUUUUAUAUAUUUUUCCUUUGCAUUUGAUUUGAUUGAUUAUGUGAAAAGUCUAAAUUUGCUUUAAAACUCAAACAGUUUAGAGUUGACUCUCAGUCAGACUGGCCGUCCAAUCAGCAUGCAGCUGUGACGUCAGCUGCUGAAAGUGAACCUCCGCUGUUCCAAUGAGAAUCCUCCAGGACUCAAGCCGGUCCACUCGGUCCUGCUGUCUCUCCAGCAGGGCACAGACUGGGCUGGAAGCUGAACAGGAGUCUUCAUCAGAUCGUCACGAGGCCGCCGCCGCUCGCUGGAGGACCGGAAUUCAUUAUUGCGCUCCUGGACGGGGUUUUAGUAUGAGACAGAGACUCCAGCUGAUGGACAGACUGAGAGCGCAGCCCGGCGGCGCAUACAGCUGAAGAGGUGAUGGAGAGACGGAACCGUGGAGUCCGACACAUGUGCACUCUGACCCUGCUGUUGGUCUGCGUGUGUCCGCUGUGCUGCAGAGCCAGCUGGAUGUGGCUUGGUGUGACCUCGGCGGGGGUCCCGGAGAAGCUGGGCUGUGCUAACCUCCCUCUGAACAACAGACAGCGGGAUCUGUGCCGGAAGAAGCUGUUCCUGCUGCCCAGCAUCCGGGAGGGAGCACGACUGGGCAUCUCAGAGUGUCAGAACCAGUUCAGACACGAGAGGUGGAACUGCUCCACCCGCGACGAGCCGCCCGUGUUCGGAUAUGAGUUCACGAGUGGAACCAAAGAAACUGCAUUCAUCUACGCUGUGAUGGCGGCGGGACUCGUCCACGCCGUCACACGCUCCUGCAGUCAGGGCAACAUGACGGAGUGCGGCUGCGACAGUCGCCUGCGGGGCAGCGGCUCGACGGAGGAGGGCUGGCACUGGGGCGGUUGCUCAGACCACAUCCAGUACGGGACCUGGUUCAGCCGCAAGUUCACUGACAACACUGUGAAAAACAUGUCGACAACCAGAGGAGGAUACACACUCAUCACCAUGAACCACCAUAACAGUGAGGUCGGUCGACAGGCAAUUCACAGGACAAUGUCCACACACUGUCGCUGUCACGGCGUCUCCGGCUCCUGUGCGGUGAAGACAUGUUGGAAGACGAUGGCAGCAUUCGAGCACGUCGGCACAUACCUGAAGGAGCGGUAUGAGCACAGCGUUCAGGUGUCUGACCGAUCGAGGAGGAAGACGAGGAGGAAGGAUCAGCAUCGCCUUCCCGUCGACAAACAGCAACUCAUCUUCUUCAACAAGUCUCCAAACUACUGCCUGGAGGACCGGCGGCGGGGCGUCGCCGGCACACGAGGACGCCGCUGCAAUCGGACGUCCACCGGCUCUGACGGCUGCAACCUGCUGUGCUGCGGCAGAGGAUACAACACACAUGUGGUGAGACACGUCCAACGCUGCGAGUGCAAGUUCGUCUGGUGCUGCUACGUCCGCUGCAGGCGCUGCGAGAGCAUGAACGACAUGCACACCUGCAAAUGACAACAACACACCUGUAUGAGGACACGGACGCACCUGUAAGCAGGAAGGGAGGAGGACUGUAGGUGGCUCCUGGUCAGCAGUGCAGACAGCAGACGACAGGCUGUGAUUGGUCGACAGCAGUCAGGUUUGGACAACAUGAUGUCCACAAAAGCAGACAUACAGGGACGGCUCUGCCGUCAAAUUUGUUCACGUUCAGGACCUGAAAACUGAAACUCUUGUCAUUCAGAGACUCAAAGUUAAGGCGCCUCCGGCAGUUUAUUCUGUCAGUUUUCUGAAAGUUGAUCAUUUCAUCAUCAGAUUCAGAGGAAUAAAAAAUGAGAAAUACAAAUCAA